AAUAUUGACGUUCGAAGGUUACUGCUCCUAACCUAACUUUCACCGUGUGUUUAUAAAAAUAUUUAUAUAUGAUAAUUAGCUCUCGUGAAUAAGUCAUCCCAUUGAGACAAAUCAUCCGACUGGACUUUAUCCCUUGUAACAAACUAUGCGUCGAAAUCGUGCCAACAAAGACUUUAUUUACAUUUUCAACCAAAUGUAAACAAUGGCUACUUUUCACGUUGUACAAGAAGGGCCCGUAAAUGCGUUAGCAUUAAACCGUGAUAACACCCAGGUGGCAAUUGGAGGCAGAAAUGUCUUCAAAGUGUACACCAUCGAAGAAGACAAAUUCCGCGAAGUCUGCAACUUACGAGCUUCCAAACACCUGAAUUUGAGUUUUUCUUGCAAUGACGUUUCGUGGAGUUGGACAGAUGACCAUUACCUGGCCACAGCCGCCACAAAUGGCCACGUGUGUGUCUGGAAUCUCACCAAAAUGGGUAAAGCCAUGCAGGAGCAAGACUACCAAGAGCACAAACGUACGGUCAAUAAAGUCAAUUUUCAUGCUAGUGAACCCAAUAGAUUAAUCUCGGGAUCCCAAGAUGGAACCAUGCGUUAUUUUGACAUCCGCGCCAAAAAUGCCGUUGCCAUUUUUUACAGCAACACUGAAAGUGUUCGGGAUGUUCAAUUCAGCCCUCACAACCCAUACACUUUUGCCGCCGUGUCUGAAAAUGGAAGUGUGCAGUUAUGGGAUGUGAGAAGGCCUGAUCGAUACCAGCAACAGUUUGCGGCGCACAGUGGACCCAUUUUUGCCUGUGAUUGGCACCCAGAGAGCACGUGGUUGGCUACAGCCAGUAGGGAUAAGACAAUUAAAGUUUGGGAUUUGACAAGUAAGCUUACGUUGGAGUAUACUAUUCACACUAUUGCUUCUAUAGGACAUAUAAAAUGGCGUCCGCAAAGGCGCUAUCAUAUAGCGUCGUGCGCUCUAGUUGUCGAUUGUAGUAUUAAUAUCUGGGAUGUGAGGCGCCCUUACAUUCCCUUUGCAGCUUUUAAUGAACAUAAAGACAUUCCUAGUGGCGUGGCGUGGAAGGAAGACCCCCAUACUUUUCUCAGUAGCGGGCGAGACUGCACUCUCUACCAACACUCAUUUAACUUCGCCAGCCGCCCCGCCAGUAAGGCCAACCCCCAGGGCGUGUCCUUAAACAACAAAGGCGAAGUCCUAUACGCCCACAAAGUCAACGUUAACAACGCUAUAGUAAAAGCAGCCGUCGGAAUAAUCAGAAAAACGUCAACAACCCAAUCGCCCGACCAAUUUCAUCUCGCCUCUAGUCUUAUGCACCAGUUUACCGAAUCACCUCGCGGAGAACAAUCCGAAUCGGAAAUUUUUCUAGGUCUAGCCAAUAACUACGUCCUCAGUGGGCGGAGUUUAUCGGAAAUGUGCGAACACAACUCGGCCGUAGCGAAACAGUACGGGAAGGAUCAAGUCGCUGUGGUUUGGAAAAUAAUCAAAACGAUGUACGGGGAGGAGUAUCUGCAGAAUUCGACGAGUACCAAUCGAGAGGAUGUGGUUUCGCAUAAUAAUCUUCCGUUGAAUAACAUAAUGGGCGGGAUUGAGCACACCAAUGAGAACGAUCAGAGAUCGAGGGGCGGAGACACGCCAGUGGCGCAGUUUAGCGACGAAACCGAAAACGAGGAUCAAGUGGAUCACAUCGCGAUUUAUAGUAACGGGUUUCCGACGUAUUUAAAUUUUAGAACGGGGUUACCAAAAGGGGAUUUUUCUUUCGGGGAGAAUGAAAUCGAUAUGGAGUUUGAUACGAUGAUUACUGAUUUUCAGAGUGGGUACCGGAAUUAUGUGACCCCGCAGCAAGAUUUCGUGCUUCCGAACGAAGCUUUCCAUUUGAGACACGAAAUCAGGAAUAGAACUCCUCCUCCAGAUAAAUUCCCGAAUAGCAAUUUUCCCGUUAUGAAUGACGAUUCUCAAACGAUACCCCUAGAGGAACAACCCCAAACUCUCUUAACUGUUUCGUGCUUGCCAAAAAUGCCGCUGUACGACUCAUCGUCCAUUGUUUUAGACGCACUUAAACAUCAUGCUAUAUUAGGAGAUGUACAAACGGCGGCGUGCGUUUUGAUAGUUCUUGGAGAUCAACGAAAAACUUUGAACGAAUUAGACGAGAGUACUCAAGAACACUGGCUUUUAGGCUACAUCGAAUUGUUGAGCAGGUAUCAACUCUGGAAUAUAGCUACUCAAAUUAUCAAGUUAUCGUGGAUACCGUCAGUGGAACAAUUAAACCAACAGUCAACUCGAUUUAACACGAACUGUAGUAAAUGCAGCAAAGCUUUGCAGCGUAUUGGUUGGUUGUGUGACAGAUGUCAUUCGUCACAAUACGCCCUGUGUAGUGUUUGUCACCAAGUCGUGAAAGGGUUGUACGCGUGGUGUCAAGGGUGUUCGCAUGGAGGGCAUCUGGCACACAUGCGACAGUGGUUCGCUAUUAAUAAAAUGUGUCCCACGGGUUGCAGACACUUGUGCGAAUAUAAGUGACCACGCUGUAUAUGACGAAACUAAUCGAUUUUCGGUUUAUUUAUUCAUCGUCUUUCCCAUGGAAAUUGUAAUCGCGGAAAGAGGUCGGAAUUCGCCCGUGAAAAUGGAUGCAUCGUGGAGACAGUGUAGAAAAAGUUGUGAUAAUUAGAUGUAGGUAGUAAAAUUUUGUAUUACGA